AUGGCGCAACAGUUGUCGCCCGUGGAUAGUCCCUUGAUGUCGCCGUCGCCGUCGCCAAGGAAGAUUUGCGUCAUUGGAGGUGGAAUCGCCGGUGUUUGUCUCGUACAUGAAUUGGCAAAGAAGCAGGACCCCGACAUCCCACUUCAAAUAACCAUAUUCGAGCGGGAGUCAUAUAUCGGCGGUCGAAUGAAGCAGGUCUUUAUGUAUGACGAAGCAGGAAAGUUUCAACUUGACUGGGCAAAUACGGGCGCUCAAUCAUUUGAUGUGGAAGACAUAUUCUUGGCAGGCUUAGGGCGAGACGUGGGUAUCAAGUUCGAGAUUCAACAUCCUCACGUUCUGGGGGCACCCUUAUCUCAGGUCAAUGUAUGGGAUGGAGAGCGACUGAUUCCUCAGGAGCUGGAAAGACUUACUAUCACUGAUAUAUACGAGAGAGUCAUGUGGCGGGUUUUCCGAUCUCAUCGCUUCUGGGCCCAGUUAGCCGUUGAUUUGCGGGAGAUCUGGGAAGGUGGGUAUGAGCACUGGGUUACAAUUGGAGAAGAGGCCACACUUGGAAGAGAUGGUUUUGAUAAGGAUGCACUAACUCAAUUUGCUCGGAAAUGGGGUAUAAGCCGUGCACCUCAGCAAUCGCCGGACAUUCGACGUCGUAAACAUUCGUUUCUGGAACUGGUGGUGAGGAAGGCUGGAGCAAUUGUUUCCCUGCAGUCCACCGUCACGAAAAUCAAAAGAUUGGAAAACAAUACGUUUCAAGUUUCGUGGCUGCAACAAUCUACAGACAAAGCCAUGGAUCAACAAAAGUCUCAUCUGGAGAAUUUCGAUGCAGUCGUAUUAGCUCAUGCAUUCGGCCAGACGGAUAUCGAUUUCGAUCCACCACUCCCCGUUUUGCCGGAGAAGAUCACCUAUACUCCUCUUCAUGUCACCCAUUUCAUCUCCAACCUCCAAUUAGACCCUGUCACAUUCAAUCUGAGAGGCAAAGCAGAAGUCCCUGAUCUUAUUUGGAAUUUGGAAAUCAACUCCAAUACACCCCGAUUCAAGAACAAAGUUCCGCCCUUUUUAACAAUCCAGAGAUCGGAUAGGGACUAUCUGGAGGGAUGUGAAAUAUAUUCAGAGAAUGUAUAUCGCGUUGUCUCUACAAAGCCAUUUUCUGACCAGAAUAUCACGUCCUUAUUGGAACACAACGGAAUCGCCAGGAAACAUGUCACAUUUCCAGACCAAGUGCCGUAUCCGGUUCUUUCUGAUUUGGCCAUCACGCUCCCCAGUGAUUAUAGACUUCACAUCGUUCAAGAGUUUAUUCCAAUCCGGGAUUUCGACCUAUCUUCAGCUCAUCAAUCUUCAGCUCAUCGAUCUUCAGCUCAUCAGUCCAGAUCCGAUGCGAACAUCAUUUUGUCCAGGUUGGACCCCGUGGUGACUAAAAUUAAUCCAACUGUUCGUGGGUGCAUCGUCAGCAUUGGCCUAAUGGGGUUGCGGUGA